AUAGAACUUAGGACAGACCUAAUUUGGUUGGAUAAAGAAGAAGAAAACGUAAAUAAAAAGGCGUUCUGGACGCGAAUAUGUUUGUUGAAAUUAUCCAAAUUAUCAGACUAACAAUAUCUUGAAUAGAAGGGUAUUAAAUAUUUGGGGGGAAAUUGCUGUGAAAAAGUUAAAAGAUCAAUGAGAUUUAGCAAAAUGAGUGCAAAGAUGGAUGCAGCGAAAAUUUUUACGAAAGUCUUUCGUGAGCCAAUAAUUGAAAAUAUGCGUGAAACAGAGAGUGCUGAGGACUACCUGAUAGAGUCCAUAGGAAGAAUGAACAUUUGGUUAGAGGACAAAAUAAAUGGCGUCAAUGAUGGAAGACCAGAUCAAAGGCAGGAACAUAGGGUUGGACCUGAGAGGGUCUUGCUCGACGUUGAUAGGGACAUUACUAUCAAGAUAUCAAAAGAUAAACUUUGUGUACAGUCACAUGCGACUUUUUGUACUAUUAAAGCAAAUGUAGCUGUUUACAAUGGCAAGUGGAUGUAUGAGGUGCAAUUACGUAGUAAAGGUGUCAUGCAAAUUGGGUGGUGUUCUAACAAGUGCGAGUUUAGUACUGAUACUGGUGUAGGAGAUACAAAAAACAGUUAUGGCUAUGAUGGCAGCAAACAACAAAUAUGGCAUGUAUACACGACUAAAUAUGGAGAGAGUUGGCAGAGUGGAGAUAUCAUUGGUGUUUGCAUUGAUAUGGAGCAGAGUAAAAUUGAGUUUUACAAGAACGGCGUUUCAAUGGGCGUAGCCUUUAGCGGUUUUGAAAGAGGGCCUGGCCUUGUUUUAUAUCCAGCCAUUUCGCUCGCUUAUAACGAAUCAUUAGUCGCAAAUUUCGGAAAUGUACCUUUCCAGUACCCCAUUAGCGGAUACCAACCAUUGCAAAUGAAGCCUGAAACACAGUUGGACACCACGGAAUUGUUAAUGGGAUAUUUAGUUAAUCUUUCGGGUAUAAUGUCACGUCAAAAGACCCGUCAAGAUAAAAAAGAGAAUAAAGGAGCGAAAAAAUCAAUGUACGCACUAAUUGCGGCUGCUUUGAUUGAGAAGUUAUCGGAUCAUUUGCUGAGUCCAUAUGUAAUAGCAGACAAGUUCUUUCACUAUGUGAAGAACUUGUGUGUUUUAAGAAGUGAAGCAGACAAAGAUGCAGUAAUCCUCCCAGGGAGCCCAGAAAGCACUUUGGGAACACUUUUAACUUUAUUGUGGGUCCAUUUAGAUGACAGUGAAAUGAAAUUUAUUUUAAAGACGUUCCUCAAUAUGCUGCAAAAUAUGUUUAGACAAACUUCGAAAGAUCUCGAAUAUGAACAACAAAGAAGAGUAAUUGUUGUUCUAACUUGCCUUUGCAAUCAUCCGCAAACAAGAAAAUUUUACAUAGACAACAAAUUUUUCAAAGAUAAUUGUUUACCAAUGCUCUUGUACCUGAAGCCCCCUGAAUAUACUCAGAUGAUCAGUCUUUUGCCAGAUGAUUCAGUUUGGGUAAAAGGUGUCGGAGGAUCAAAGGAGAAAUAUUCAGCUGCAUGUGAUAAACUGAAUACGUCUGUGAAGAUGUUGUACAAUUUACAGAAAAAUUUACUUUCGGUUAUUCUUAAUAACGAUGACGGAAGCACAAAUGAAGGAUCCAGUCGAAAAAUAUUCCUUUCGCGACUAAGAAAGUACGUGAUGGAAAAUAGUUUAGAACAUAGGGCGUUUUUCUUACUACAAGGAAAUUUCACACCUCCUACAGAAAGUCCCGUGGCUUUAUCAUUCCUCUGCAUUCUAGUAGACAUUGCGAAAAGUCUAUUUGAAAAAGAGAUUUCUGAAGAAAUAGCCGCAGUUGAUCCAGUAUAUUUCGUAGACGGAUCGUUUAGAUAUUAUCAUUUUGAUAGAAUUGGUGGUGUUUUAUCGCAUCUUCGAAAAAUCUACCGCACAGAAAUUGUUGCACAACUUGGUGAGGAUCAUGACGCGCUGUAUAAUAUUGAAACUACAGAUCUGAUUCGAGCGGACAAUAGUGAUGUUUAUUCUGCGAUGUUUCUCAUAUCGGGAAAUUUGAAUACAUUUUCAAUAGCGGGCCGAGCUCACGGAUUUGGAAUGGAAAGACGACAAGAAACGCGAACUCUGCCAAUCACUCCGGGGAACUCGAAUUCUGGACGAUCGCUAAGUGAGCUAUUGGAUUUGGCUAUAAUUUAUUACUAUUCUGUUGGUCACAAAUAUGUUGUAAAGAUAGCGGCUAUACGAGAUGAGAUAGCAAGCUUAAACGACAUACUUUCAGAAACAACAGUGCAUCAACAGAACGUUGAAAAAGAUUUGAAGAAUGCUGUCCCUGGGGCUACGCUUGAAACUCUAAGAACUUUGAAUACUAAACUUGUUCAGCGAUGUGAUGUCUUUAAGAAAAGAUUAAUUGAAUUAGGACGAAAGCAAGCCUGGUAUCGUUCGGUAGCACUUGGUGAUUAUAGAAGAAGUUUAUUAAUUUGGUUGCUUGACACAGUGUUAGCAACACUUAAGAGAUCAUCUUUACAAGGGGUGCUAUUUGCUUUUCUGCCUGAAAUUUAUUUGAACGUUCUACCAAUAUUACUUGACACCGUGCUUGAUUUUAGUAGACACGAACUUGUUAUACAAAAUGAUUUGUCAGAUUCACAGCAUGUGAUUCAAGAGGCAGCAGAAUUUCUAGCUCUACACUCUGCAGAUCCUCGGGUUAUUCUCGCUGCUUGUAAGGAUUCCCUACUACAGGCACUCGGCUCGUUAACAUGUCAUCAAGCAGGGAUUAAAGCGUUAGAACGUUCGUCAAACGCUAGUCAACUAUCCCUUGUAAGGGCACUUUUACGCCCCUAUGAAAACCGAGCAUGGGGUCAAAGUAAUUGGCUUUUAUUGCGAUUUUGGCUUGGCGAUGGGUUUGCAUAUAAAGAGGCGAGACCUCCAUGUGUUUGGCAAGGCGGGAAUACAGUAUUAUCACUAGGCUUACAUAGAAGCAGAGCUAAAAAUGAGACACAUACGGGACUUUUACAUCAUAUAGCGCCAGCUUACCCAUCAAAACAUUUUCAGCAAGUGGUAGGGAAGUUACUAUUGGAAAAUGAACCAUUCUCAACGUUGUUUUUGAAUUCAGUGCUUUCCCAGUUAAAUUGGGCUUUUUCGGAAUUCAUUUUACUCUUACAAGAGAUCCAAAAUACAUCGAAUCGACAAGAAGCAGACAUUAUAUUUGAACCGCGUCAGCUAAAGAUUUGUUCAAUGUGUUUCGAAUUGACUGUUUCGCUAAUGCGUUCGCUGGAGAUGGUCAUUUCCGUAGCUCCAAAUGUUUUCCAGGAUUCAAGUCGACAAAAUAGUGACCUUAUUCUUAACAGAGUUUGCCAGCUGGUUAGUCAGGUUUUGUCUCGUGUGACGGUACCACCGGGUUGUUUUCAAUAUGUGAUAGAUUUGUGCUUGCCUGAUUUAAGCUCUGUAACCCAUUUCGCGAUUGUUACGGCUGCCUUAGGUAUACUUCUAGCUUUACUUCAGCCGGAAAUGGAAAGCGAAGUAACUCCCGUUAAGGUAAUGAUCCUCGUUUCUUACGUAUUUUUUUUUAAUUGUCCUUUUAAUUUAAAGGUUUCUAGAGUAACAAGAUCUUUGCUGACUGACCCCAGUUUUCAAAUAGCUAACAUCGAAUUUGCUCUGGGUGAAGUGAAAACUCCGAUUCUAACACAAAAAGAAGUUCCUCGUGGUAACUUUGAUCCUAAAAUGAGAGCUCAUAUUGACCCUUUGACCAAUGAUGUGCGUGUUGCUGUACCGUCAACAUCCAAACGAAUACGUGCUGAUCCACCAAUCAUCAAAUUUUCUUUAAGAGAUUAUCCGGACCAUGUUCAGGGAAAAGAGAUAAAAGACGUUGAAAAAUUAGUUGAAAUGUUGCUGUUAAAGCAAUCAUUAUUGUCAGAUAUCACACUGCCUUCAGAAGACUCUCUUUGUCCGAUUUGCUGUGCCAAACCUGUGUCGGUUGUAUUUUCGCCAUGUAAACAUCAAUCGUGCAGCAAUUGUAUUCUACAGCAUCUGAUGAAUAGCAAAGUAUGCUUUUAUUGUAAAUCCAUGAUCAAGGAUGUAACCAGUUUUGAUGGUUCAGUGAUCUUCAAGAACGCAAAUUAUAUAGCUUCACCUGAAAUAACUGAAUAAUACAAAUAUUUGUCACUUGUGAUUUUGAGAUUGAAUUCAAACAACAUUGCCAGAAUGAUAAAUUUACCAAUUUGAAUAGAAAUUACCAAAGAUAUUUAUUUAUGACAUGAUUGUAAUCGCGUAAUUCUAGUCACCAAUUUGUCUAUUUUGUAGAAUAUAAAAAUUUUACUGCACGA